AUGUCCGAUGCUAAUCGAGGUGCUAGAAAAAGAAUGUCCAAACAGCACAAUGGUUUGUUUUCAAAGUUUAUGGUCACUCAAUUAGAUCUUACGACCUAUAAACCACUACUCUCAUUUAAAUGGCUGCCAAAGGGAACACAAGACAGCAGGGAUGAAGCAGAUGAAAACAAGGUUUUACAAUUCUGUUUUCCAGAAUCAAUAACUGUUUUGCAAUCGAUUAUAUCUAAUAUAACAACAGAACAAAUCGAUUACUUUUCAUUUAUCCUAACAAAUUCAUAUGGUGGAAAAAGUUUUGCUUAUUGUAAGAGAAUUUUAAAAGAGGAUCCAGUUUGUUAUAUUUUUAUUAGUACAAAACCAUAUUUUAGUUUAUUUGAUCAAAUAUUUACAGUGAUUGAAUCAAAAUAUGAAAGAAAAGUAAAAUAUAGUAUCAAUGCAUUGUUAACGUCAUUGUUGAUGUUUCCACUUGAUCCUACACUUUCACAGAUCGAGAUAAAGGCAUCGGCAAACAAUUCACAAACGGAAAACUAUGAAUUCCUAUACACCAGUCCCACGACAGAGUUUGAACACAUCUCUUAUGAACCCAUAUAUAAUAUGAAACCUGCUCACGUUAUCAAACUCUAUGAAUCUAUAUUGACCGAGUGUAGAGUCAUUCUUUGUUCUUCUUCUAUAUCAAAAAUUUCCAAUUCAAUUUUGGCAAUAUCAUCUCUUGUUAAUCCUUUUUCUUGGCAACAUAUAUUUAUUUCUAUAUUACCAGAAGGUUUGAUGCCAUAUGUAUCAGCACCUAUCCCAUUUUUAGUUGGUAUUUUAGAAUCAUCUUUGAAAUCAUUCUAUCAACAACCGACCGAACAAGUUAUUUUAUAUAAUCUCGAUAAAUGCGAAUUUAUGAUCGAUCCAAACUUUAAAUCUCUAUUACCAGUUCAUAUUAAUACCUAUCUUGAAAAUUCUUUAAAAAAGAUUAAAUCUGAACAUCCUUCUUAUGAUAGUGGAUUUGACAAGGUAAUUAGAAAACCAUUUUUAUCAGUUAUUUAUCACUUGUUUCAAAAUUAUCCAAAGUUUAUGUUAAAGAAUGGAGUAUCUUAUUCAUUUGCCAAAGAUCAAUUUAUUGAUUCUCAUUCUGGAUCAAACAAAAAAUUGAUAGAAACAUUAGUUUGUUCACAAAUGAUUGAAAUGUUUUUUAAUGAAAAGGAAGUUGAAUUGGCAGAUGCAGAGGAUCCACAGCAAUGUUCAUUUUUAUUGGGAAGUAGAGAUAUGGUUGAUAAGAUUCAAGUGACUAGUUACAAGAGACAGAGUGUAUUGGAUUGUCCUAUUUGUAUGCAAUCGACAAACCACCAUGCAUCGAUUGAAUUUGCCAAUUAUUUGAUGCAUCAAGAAUGCUUUAAAUGCAAGACAUGUGGAAGAGGAUUGAUGGACUUUGAGAGGGAAAAGGUGAUUCUCAAGAGAAAGGAUGGUGAGCGAAUCCAGUUGUAUUGUGCCGAAUGUAGAAGUGGCACCUUCCUCAACAAGCUCAAAAACACUUCGAGCCACUCCAAGCAAAAGAUCUAUAGUUUCUUUAAGAAUUUGGAUAGUGAGGAUGUCAAUUCAUUCUUUUAUUCGUCGCCGGCUAUUCGAUACUCGCGACAACAACACCAACUCCAACAGAUGCAACAACAGCUACAACAACAGACCAAAGGUGUCAACAUAUCGAAUCCAAUGCCUUUGUAUGGUAGUAAUGCGGCAGGUGGAUACCCCAUCAUCCCCGUCAAGACAGAGAUACAAAACUACAAGUUUAAGAAACCGCCUCCCAAAGAUCUGGGAGGCAAGGCACUCUCGAUGGGCAGACUCCACCCUCUGCACAAUGAAAAGUCGUCCACACUACCCAGCUCGUUGCACAAAACUGGCGGCUCGGCGAUAUUCACUCCCAAGGCACAAUCGCCACCUCCCAAAAUAUCGUCCUCUUCGUUUAACAAAUCACUACCCGAUCGACAAAAGCCACCUCUUCCUCCAACACCGAGCGAGAUGAAAGAGAGAGCAGUCGAACAAUUUAAACAGAAAAAUAUACACAUUCAUGGAGGAUAUCAACAUGUUGACGGUGAUCCUCCAUCAUCGUCGUCGUCAUCUACAAAUACACCAAGUAUAUCACCGAGCAGUUCAUUUGAUGAGGCGCGUCUUCACAACCAUCUUGCAGCAGAUACCACCAACUCGUCGGCGUCGUCGGCCAAUAGUACGCCGUCCAACACACCACCAGCAACAUUGUCACUCACCUAUCAAAUUACAAAUGAGACGAGAGCGAUGCAGUUCUCCAAAGCUCUUCCAGAGGUUCCCUUUUUGCCAAUCAAGAAGCCUGGCCCACUUCCUCCACUCCCUCCCAUUCCUGCUCCUGGUACACCCGCCUCUUCCAGACCACUACCCAUCCCUCGACCAAAGGACACAACAGUCGUAGUUGGUGUAUCACCAUCAUUGUCGCCACCUCAAUCCACUGCCACAUCACCUCGAUCAAGAAUUGUACCAAGCAGGGGUCCAUCUCCACCAACAACUAGUAAUCAACUAGUUGGUCACAAUCCUCAACCACCUUUUGUACCAACCAAAAAACCUUUACCAAUCCCAAAAUCACCUUCUGUAAAUGAUCUCUUAACACUAAACAAUAAUAAUAAUAAUAAUAUCACAAGUACCACUACAACUACAACUACUACCAAUACUACUACAUCAAUAAGUAAACCACCUUCACCAAUACCAAAAUUAAAUACACCAUCACCCCCAUCACUUACUAGAGAAUCACAUAAACAACCAAAUAUUAAUAUUAAUAAUAAUAAUACCUCAUCUACUACUACUACUAACAACAAUAACAACAAAGAUAAUAUAGUAUAUUCAAAUAAUGUAAUUAUACCAACUAAUAAUUAUUAUACAAAUAGCAGAGCCAAACCAGCCUCGCCUCGUACUAAUAAUUACAAACCUACAACACCCAGAGGAGGAGGCGGAGGUGGUGGCGGAAAAUCACUUUUAUCACCUCCAAGUUCAUCGGUGACUGCCAACAAAUCGCCAUUGUCAUUGUCGCCUGACAGUUCUCUCUCGCCAAGAAGACUCAACAAACAUUGUUUCAAAUGCAAGGUUCCAUUGGUGCCAACAGACGACAUCACAGUAUCAGAAAGAAAAUAUUAUCACUAUACCUGUUUCGAAAAGGACAAGGCCGCAAAACAACAACAAUGUACCAAGUGUGACAAGCAACCUUUACAUGGAGAGUAUGUUAGUAAAAGAAUCCAAAUGUUUGAAAAUAUUAAAGGUGGAAGUAGUAUUAUUGGUGGUGGCGGCGGCAGUAGCAGCAGCACUAAUCGUAGUGUCGGCACCAGCAAAAGAUAA